UUGAAACCUUCUAAAACGAUUUUUUGUAAAAGGACAAAUAAAUAUAAGAAAUAAUAGACAAUUUUAAUGGUUGGGGAAAAUGUUGAACCGUAAACCAUUCGCUUAAUGGGCCGAUCUGGGCCAGAAUAUUGUAUACAAAUAUUGCAAACUCUUUAUCGUCUAUAUACCUUAUGAAUAAAGAACCCUAAUUAAGAAGAUUACCCGAAACUUUUUGACUAAAACCCUAAACGUGAAUAUAUCAUGGGAUCCAUGUCAUCUACGGAUCUGAAACAGGAAUCCAAAUCUGAAAAUAACCAAGUCCCAACCAAGGAAGUGGGAGAUCGAUUACAAGAGUUUAUGAAAAAAGGUGGUUGCGAAAAUUCAUAUAUAGCUUGUGUAGGUUGUGAUUCGCGGGAAGAUGAGUGUACGGAAGCCUAUUCAAUGCUGGAAAAGUGUAUGAAGGCUCGCUCUGAUUACUUUGAGACGUAUCUCGCGCUGAAGAACGCUAGUGCUGAAGUGAUGGCUAGGGAGAUCGAAGUCUUCCUCCAUGCGAAACCAAAUGACAGAGACGAGUUGUUAGGCAAAUUCAUUACAAGAGGUGGUUGCAAAGAAGCUUUUAUGGCUUGGAGGGAUAGUUACGAAGAAGCCAAGAAGAACAAGGGAAGUCUUUAUACACCUGCCUUGAACACCUUGUCAAAGUGUAUGGAGGCUCACUCUGAUUACUAUCAGCCAUUUCUCGCAGUGGUCAAAAAUUAUGAAGAACACUAUAGUAAGGAGCGUAUUGCCUUCUUGAUGAGGCUAAGGGAUGAUUUGAAUAGGAUGUAGUAAUAUCUUAAUGCUUUUUUCCUUUGUUUACGUUUCCUUUUGCAUGAAUACUCUUCUUUUUUUUUU